AUGAGGUUCAACGUAGCUGCCGCUGCCGCCAGCGCCGCCCUCCUCGCCGGAGGUGUCAGCGCCGACGAUGCUCAGAAGGUGCUCAAGGACGAGAGCUCCAGCACCGUCGCCGAGGCCGCCACCUCGGUCUCCCCCGUCAAGCUCCCUACCUUCACUCCUACCAAGCUCAAGGCUCCCUUCCUCGAGCAGUUUACCGACGACUGGGACUCGCGCUGGAAGCCUUCCCACGCCAAGAAGGAGACCGGCCCCGAUACCGAGGAGGAGUGGGCUUACGUCGGCGAGUGGUCCGUCGAGGAGCCCGUCGUCUACAAGGGCAUGGAGGGCGACAAGGGUCUCGUCGUCAAGAACGCGGCCGCCCACCACGCCAUCUCGGCCAAGUUCCCCAAGAAGAUCGACCCCAAGGGCAAGGAUCUCGUUGUCCAGUAUGAGGUCAAGCUUCAGAAUGGCCUCGAGUGCGGUGGUGCUUACCUGAAGCUCCUCCGUGAGAACAAGGCUCUCCACCAGGAUGAGUUCUCCAACACCACCCCCUACGUCAUCAUGUUCGGUCCCGACAAGUGCGGCCACACCAACAAGGUGCACUUCAUCUUCAACCACAAGAACCCCAAGACGGGCGAGUAUGAGGAGAAGCACCUCAGCUCUCCUCCGGCGGCCAAGAUCGUCAAGACCACCGAGCUCUACACGCUCAUUGUCCACCCCAACAACACCUACCUCAUCCAGCAGGAUGGUGAGACCGUCAAGGAGGGCAGCCUCCUCGAGGACUUUGUCCCCUCGGUCAACCCCGAGGCCGAGAUUGACGACCCCAACGACACCAAGCCCGAGGACUGGGUUGACCAGGACCGCAUCCCCGACCCCGAUGCCAAGAAGCCCGAGGACUGGGAUGAGGAUGCCCCGUACGAGAUUGUCGAUGAGGAGGCUACCAUCCCCGAGGACUGGCUAGUCGAUGAGCCCCAGACCAUCCCCGACCCUGAGGCCCAGAAGCCCGAGGACUGGGAUGACGAGGAGGAUGGUGACUGGAUCGCCCCUACCAUUCCCAACCCCAAGUGCUUCGAGGUUUCUGGUUGCGGCCCCUGGACUAAGCCCAUGAAGAAGAACCCCGAGUACAAGGGCAUCUGGAGCGCUCCUCUCAUUGAGAACCCCGCCUACAAGGGACCCUGGGCUCCUCGCAAGAUCCCCAACCCCGACUACUUUGAGGACAAGACCCCCGCCAGCUUUGAGCCCAUGGGUGCUAUUGGCUUCGAGAUCUGGACCAUGCAGAACAACAUUCUCUUCGACAACAUCUACAUUGGUCACUCCGUUGAGGACGCCAAGGCUCUUGCUGACGAGACCUUCUUCAAGAAGCACCCCGUCGAGGAGAAGCUCGAGGAGGCUGAGAAGCCCAAGGUUGAGGAGAACAAGCCCGCUUCCCCCAACGACCUCAAGUUCACCGAGGACCCUGUCACCUACAUCAAGGAGAAGGUUGACCUCUUCAUGACCAUUGCCAAGACGGACCCCGUUGAGGCUAUCAAGUUCGUUCCUGAGGUUGCCGGUGGCGCUGCCGCCCUCCUCGUUACCUUCAUUGCCAUUCUCGCUUCUCUCGUCUCUGGCGGCAGCGCUCCUGCUCCCGUUAAGAAGGUUGCUAAGGAUGUCAAGGAGAAGGCCGAGGACGUCAAGGACAAGGCUGCCGAGGCUGUCGCCACUGGUGCCGAGAAGGCCAACCAGGCUACCAAGCGCAACACCCGCAGCCAGUCGUAA